AUGUCAUCAUCCUCGCAACCCUCACUCGGUCGUCUGAAAGGCAAAGUUGCCAUUGUCACCGGAGGAGCCAGUCCCCAAGGCUUCGGCUACGCAAUCGCGCGCCGCUUCCUCGAAGAAGGCGCAAAAGUGAUAAUCGGAGAUUUAGAUGGAUCUGGAGCCGAAAGCAGCGCCUCUUCGUUCUCCUCCCCAAACAUCAGAGGUGUGGCCAUGGAUGUUUGCAAACACGAAGAUUGGCAGCGAGUUGUAGAGAUGGCAGUCAAAGAGUUUGGCGGAGUCAACAUUUUGGUCAACAAUGCUGGAUGCACGUACAGAAACAAGCCGACUGCAGAGGUUACGGAAGACGAGUUUGAGAGGGUCAUGAGUGUUAAUGUCAAGAGUAUCUUCUGGAGUGUCAAGGUUGUGGUUCCGCAGAUGCAGAAGCAGGGACAGGGCGGGAGUAUCAUCAAUAUCUCGAGCAGUGGGAGUGUGCGACCGAGACCUGGAUUGGUGUGGUAUAAUGCCAGCAAGGGUGCGGUGUCGAAUGUGAGUCUUGUCCUUGGUCGGGGAUGGCCUACUGGCUUACUUGUCUACAGNGCGACCAUGGCGCUGGCUGCGGAGUAUGGACCAGACCAGAUCAGAGUCAAUGCGAUUGCUCCGUUGUUGUCUGCGACAGGUCUUUUCGAGUCAUUCGUCGGAGUCAAGGACACGCAGGAGAACCGAGACAAGUUUGCGGCAUCAAUCCCUUUGGGCAGACUGACAGAUCCGGUGGAUGUAGGCAAUGCGUGUGUGUUCCUGGCAUCGGACGAGGGCAAGUUUGUGACGGGCACCAAUUUCAGUGUUGAUGGAGGAAGACACAUCUGA